AAUAAGUGAAUGAUGAACGCAUUUCCCAGGGGAAGAGGGGAAGUCAUACUUUUUUUUGACUAGUCAUUCUCUCAAUAUACCUCCACUUCGCAUUUACUUCAUUCGAUCCUCUUACGAUUCUCCCCAACUCUCUUGUGUAUCAUCAUUCUUUUGUACCAUUUCACUUCUCAGGGCAAGAGAGCCCACAACCUCCCAGGCUUAGAGGCCCUAUCCUCUACUAAUCUACUAGUAUCAGUCUUUUCAGCAAGUCUAUAAUAUAUUCAACACCACCAUGCAGAAAGCCGAAGUGCUUGGCGACCAUCGGUCGGAGUCGAGCGUAUCAAUCACGUCCGAAGAAGAGCAGGAAGAGCUUCAGAAUCUGACACGAAUCGCCUCUAGUCGACAUGGCCGGACUCUCUCACACACAGCCACAAUCGACGAGAAGAACGAUCCCCGAUUAGACCCCACGAAUCCUGAAUUCGACCAUCGACGAUGGGCAGCGAUGGUGUUGAGGGUUCACAAUCAGGCAGGAAUUACACCACAAACCCAGGGCGUCGUCUUCUCCAAUUUGUGCAUCUCGGGCUCAGGUUCAGCGCUACGCCUUCAAGAAACACUUCUUACGCAGUUGACGACUCCGUUCCGUCGAAUCUCUCGAGCUCUUUCCGGACAGCGGUCGUCUCCCCCACGCCAGAUCCUCCACAGUUUUGACGGGUUGCUUCAAAGCGGAGAGUUGCUCCUGGUUCUCGGUCGUCCAGGGAGCGGUUGUUCGACCUUUCUGAAAACGCUUUGUGGACAUCUCGGUGGGUUGACUCUUGAGCCUCAAAGCAAUAUCCAGUACCAGGGGUUGGCGUACGAUGACAUGAUUAAGCAUCAUCGUGGCGAAGUCGCCUACAACGGAGAGGUUGACCAGCAUUUCCCCCAUCUCACCGUGGGCCAAACUCUAUCAUUCGCUGCUCAUGCGCGUACCCCUCAACGGCGCAUCGAAGGGAUUUCGCGCGACGAGUAUGUUGAUACGCUCACCCAAGUUGUUCUUUCAGUGUUCGGCCUCACUCAAACCAUCAACACCAAGGUCGGAGACAACUUCAUUCGAGGAGUUAGUGGUGGCGAGCGUAAGCGAGUGAGUAUUGCUGAAAUGUUCCUCUCUCGGAGCCGAAUUGGAGCUUGGGACAAUAGCACUCGCGGGUUGGACUCCGCAUCCGCCCUGAAAUUCAUCAAAUCCUUACGCCUUGCGGCAGACGUGGGCCAGUCAUGCCACGCUGUUGCCGCCUACCAAGCGUCUCAGUCGAUGUAUGACCUGUUCGACAAGGUCGUCCUCCUCUACGAAGGCUACGAGAUCUACUAUGGCCCCAGUGACCGCGCCGUGGCCUUCUUCCAAGAGAUGGGAUGGGAGCUGCCAGAACGUCAAGUCAGUGGUGAUUUCCUCACAUCUAUCACCAACCCUGCGGAGCGCCAGGCACGUCCAGACAUGGUCGACAAGGUUCCUCGCACACCCCAGGAGUUCGCAGAUUAUUGGAAACGCAGUCCCGAUUACAAAGAGCUCUGCGCUCAGAUUGAGCAAUUCCAACGCGACCACCCGCCCAAUGCAGACGAGGCCAGGGAAUUCAAGCAGCACCACCAAGAGCAGCAAGCCCGUCAUACCAGAGCUCGGAGUCCAUAUCUUCUCUCCGUCCCGAUGCAGGUGCGUCUCUGUCUACGCAGGGCAUUCCAGCGGCUGCGCAAUGACCUCCCGACGGCCAUGUCGACUGUUAUUGUCCAGUUUAUCUUGUCUUUGGUCAUCGGCUCUAUCUUCUACAACGCGCCCAACACAACCGCUGCCUUCUUCCAGAAAGGCGCUGUCUUGUACUUCGCUGUCCUCAUGAACGCCCUGGUCACGAUGAAUGAAAUCAUGCAGCUGUACAGCCAACGACCCAUUGCCUCCAAGCAGGCGGGCUAUGCUUUUGUCCACCCGUUCGCCGAGUCUCUUGCCAGCAUACUCAUGGAUUUGCCAAUCAAGUUGGUGCGCUGCUCCGUCUUUUGUAUCGUCCUUUACUUCAUGACCAACCUGCGCCGAGAACCGUCACAAUUCUUUAUCUUCCUCCUGUUCCUGGUCACUGCUAUUUUGACCAUGUCGGGAAUCUUCCGGACAUUAGCAGCAGCGACCAAAACAGUUACGCAAGCCAUGGCAAUGGCCGGUGUUAUGAUUCUUUGCAUCGUGGUUUAUACUGGUUUCACCCUACCUCAACCGUAUAUGCACCCGUGGCUCUCCUGGAUACGUUGGAUCAACCCAAUCUUCUAUGCGUUCGAGGCAUUGGUGUCUAAUGAGUUCCAUGGUCGCGAGUUCCCAUGUGCGUCGCUGAUUCCAAGUUAUGCUACGGGGGAUUCAUUCAUCUGUUCGGCUGUGGGAGCAGUGGCUGGUGAACGUUCCGUCUCCGGAGAUGCUUUCAUUGAACAGAACUACGAAUACUCGUACGCUCACACCUGGAGGAACUUCGGCAUUCUUGUUGCAUUCAUGAUCUUCUUCACCUGCACCUGUUUGUUCUUCUCAGAGAUCAACACCGGUGAAUCUUCCCAGGCAGAGACCCUGGUCUUUCGCCCGGGUCACGUUCCGCAGUUCCUGGCCGCCUCUGAAGGAGUUGAAGGUGGUAAGGCAGCGCCCCCUAGGCCCGAAUUGCAAAGCAACGAAGACGAUGAUUCCAUCCGCCUUCCUGAGCAAAGGGAUAUUCUCUCGUGGAAAGGCUUGAAUUAUGAUAUCCCGGUCAAAGAGGGCACACGGCGGCUCUUGGACAAUGUCAACGGUUGGGUGAAGCCCGGCACCUUGACCGCGCUGAUGGGUGUCUCCGGUGCCGGAAAAACGACCCUUCUGGAUGUCCUUGCUCAGAGAGUGUCCAUCGGCGUAGUGACCGGUGAUGUUCUGGUUAACGGAAGAGCUCUCGCGGCCAAUUACCCUCGGAGAACAGGUUACGUGCAGCAGCAGGAUCUUCACUUGGAAACAACCACCGUUCGUGAAGCCCUCCGUUUCAGUGCCAUGCUUCGUCAACCCAAGGCUGUGCCCAAGGAGGAAAAGUUCGCGUACGUUGAAGAAGUCAUUAAGAUCCUGCGCAUGCAAGACUUCGCCGAGGCAGUCGUUGGUUCUUUGGGUGAGGGCCUGAACGUGGAACAGCGCAAACUGCUCAGCAUUGGCGUCGAAUUGGCCGCCAAGCCGACACUACUGGUUUUCCUGGAUGAGCCGACCAGUGGUCUGGAUUCGCAGAGCUCGUGGACUAUUUGCUCUCUGCUGAGAAGACUGGCGGACCAUGGCCAAGCUGUGCUGGCCACGAUUCACCAACCGAGUGCCGUGCUGUUCCAGACCUUCGAUCGCCUGCUCUUUCUGGCCAAAGGAGGCCGAACCGUCUACUUCGGUGACAUUGGCCCUAACUCUCAGAUCCUGCUUGAUUACUUUGAGCGCAACGGCGGCCGACCCUGUGGCGAUAUGGAGAACCCUGCCGAGUACAUCCUCGAAAUUGUCAACGGCGAUGGCAGCAAAGGACCUAACUGGGUCGAGGUCUGGAACGGCAGCCCCGAAUACAAGGAGGUCUACGCCGAAGUCACCCGACUGCAGGACGCGCAGCAACAGCCCGAGCCACAGACCCAGCCCGGCGACGACAGUGAUGCGGAGUUCGCCAUGCCCUUAACCAGCCAGCUCUACUACGUCCUGCACCGCGUCUUCCAACAAUACUACCGCCAACCCGAAUACCUCUUUUCCAAAUACGUUCUCGGUAUCAUCUCCGGUCUCUUCAUUGGCUUUUCCUUCUGGAAGUCCGACAACACAGAACAAGGCUUCCAGAAUGCCCUCUUCAGUAUCUUCCUGCUGUGCACCAUCUUCAACACCCUCGUCAACCAGAUCAUGCCCAAGUUUGUCCGCCAGCGCGCCCUCUACGAAGUCCGUGAGCGGCCCUCCCGCGUCUACUCGUGGAAGGUCUUUAUUUUGUCACAGAUCAUCGUUGAGAUUCCCUGGCAGAUCGUGCUAGGCGUCUGCUCCUGGUCCUGCUACUACUGGACGGUGAUCGGCACAGGUCAGGACGCCGAACGCCGCGGUCUGGCCCUGUUGUUCAUCGUGCAAUUCUUCAUCUACGCCUCCAGCAUGGCCCAGCUGGUUGUGUGCGCCCUCGGCGAGCCCACCCUCGCCGCCAUGCUCGCCACGCUGAUGUUCGGUUUCUCCUUCAUCUUCAACGGCGUCAUGCAACCCCCCGAGGACCUGCCCGGGUUCUGGAUCUUCAUGUACCGCGUCUCCCCCUUCACAUAUUACAUUGGAGGCAUGAGCGCCACCAUCCUUCACGGCCGCAGCGUGGAGUGCAACACCGCCGAGUUGAGCGUUUUUGACCCCCCGGCUGGCCAGACCUGCGGAACCUACAUGGAGCAGUAUCUCACUGCGUCGGGUGGCCAGCUGUACAACGCCAACGCCACCUCGGGGUGCGAGUAUUGCUCCAUGUCCUCCGCCGACGAGUAUCUGGCGCUGCGGUGGAUCUACUGGGACCAGCGGUGGAGGAAUUACGGUAUCUUCUGGUGUUACUGGGGGUUCAAUGUCAUUGCGGCGGUUACGCUGUAUUAUGUGUUCCGGGUGAAAAAGUGGGGGAGGAAGUAAGAUGGGACCUGACAGUGUGAUUAGUUGAGGGCCUCGUUCUUGCUUAGCUUUGAUGGGGCUGUGGUGGUG